UCCUUUCUGCAGCACUCGAGGGACCAUGGCCAAUCCUCACGUGAGGCAGAUCAAGAUUAAAACCAGCGUGGUGAAGAGAUUGGUCAAAGAAAAAAUGAUGUAUGAAAAAGAAGCAAAACAACAAGAAGAAAAGACUGAAAAAAUGAAAGCCAAAGAUGGUGAAAAUUAUGCUAUUAAAAAACAGGCUGAGAUCCUACAGGAGUCCUGGACGGUGAUUCCAGACUGCCAGCGCAGGUUGGAAGCUGCACACACUGAUCUUCUGCAAUUAUUAGAGAGCAAAAAAGACUUGGAAGAAGCUGAGAAAUAUAAGGAGGCACGUUUAGUACUGGAUUCAGUGAAUUUAGAAGCCUGAAUUUUUCUGUACAGGGUAUUUUUUGCAUUAAAUCCUGGGAUCCAUUCCACAAUUCAUUAUUUUUGACCACUGCUAUGUGUUCAAGUAGUAUGAAAAUGUGAUUCUUUUUAUGAAGUGCAUAUAUUUUUCUUUGCCUAAUUUAAUGUGUCAAAUAAAUGAGUUCAUCUAAUAAAAUUGCUUCUUUCAUA